AUGUUUCUUAAGACACCUAAUUGGGAAACGGUAAAUGAGACUCCCAAAUCGAGAGUCUUAACGAUAAACGAAUUGAUCUCUCCCAACCUGGAUACUGAAUCUAACAGCCUUCUGGCGACGCCGGCAAGGAAAUAUUUCAAAACUUCAAUAAGUGAAGCGCAAGAUUCUCCUACAUCUGCCCCUUCGCCCGAUGGCAAUGAGGAUCCCACAUAUCAAUACAACGUACAAUUUCAUUUUCCAGGACCAAUAACACCUACAACACCCAGGUCUAAGAAUGCAGAAAUGUUUCCAUCCCCCACGCCCCCAUUGGUUUCUCCCACAGCGGUUAUCGAGGAAGAGAAUGACGAUUCCGUACGGGAGUUUUCACGCACGCUAAAAUCAAGACUCAACUGCGCAAUGGUUAAGCUAUCAAAGGAACAUGAGCAAGUAGCUUUGAUUCCUCCACCUCCGACGGAAAAGAUACGAAAGGGCUCUUAUAGUAAUAAAUUUGCCGCUAAGCAUAGGCGCUGUCACUCGUUAGAUGAAUCCAAAAAGUUUCUGAGUUCUCUGGAAGAUUCAUCCGCUCAUGCAGCGUUCUUGAAGGCAAUUUCGUCCAAACAUGCCAAAAGCAAUAGGGUAGACAACGUUAACGUUUCGCCGUUACGUUGGUCAUCUCAUAGAAGAACGCAAAGUACACAGGAGAAUUCUUUACAAGAAGUUGUUGCUAUCGAUACAUUAUUGAAGAUGUCCUCAUCGGACUGA